AUGGAGCCAGCAACAGGCACGAGCAGCAGCAGCAGCAGCGACGGUAUCUCAACCAAGUCGUUGGCUGCUCGUCUUGCCGACGCCGAGGCGGCGGCGGUCGAAGCGCGCAAGGCGACCGAGGUCGCAGUCGUCGUCAACAGCCGCAUCUGCGCCGAGAACGCGCUGCUGCGGUCCAAGAUGGCUGCGCUUCUCGCCGAGCGCAGUGAGAACGAGCGAGUCCGGGAGAACGACCGCCUCAAGCAGCACGUGCUCGUGCUCCAGAGCGAGCUGGCGCGUGUCACGGCCAUCUCGCUUCUGUCGGCCAAGGUCGUCGAGAGCCGCGUCACGGUGCGCGAAGGCCGUCAGUUUGUCGAGUACCAGCUCCAGAUCGAGACCGACCGCCGGGGCACGCUGUACGUGUGGCACCGCUACUCGACCUUUCGCAGUCUCUCGACGACGCUGCACGCCAAGCACCCGCGGGUGCCGGACCUCCCCAACACGCAGCUGUUUGGUCACAGCACGGCAGUCGCGAUCCAAGAUCGCAUCGCGCUCCUCAACCACUUCCUCGGCGUCGCUUGCAGUGUGCAGGACGUUCCGUGGGCCAUUCGCGUCGACAAGGACACGGUCGUGUACAAGCAUCCCAAGUGUCCACCCAUGGUCGAGGACGAGCUGCGUACGUCGUCGUCGCGUCGGCAGUCGGUCACGAGCCGCUUGCUGCGUUUUUCAACAGCAACCGCGUCGAAACAGUCGACCAUCGAUGAAUGA